CGGGUCGCCUUUCUACAGUUGUCCCUCUUUUCUCUCUCUCCGGGUUCACUAAUCGGCCCGGCCGGCCGACCACGAGCUCACCAGCACGCAUGCCUAUAUAUAUACAAGUUUCCGGGGGUACCAUCGUCAUCAACCUUGCAACGACGGCCUCCAAGCACUGGCCGGCAGCUGCUGCGCCAUCGAUCAUCCUCUCCUCCUCGCAGGAGCUAGCAGAGAGCUCGAUCGGGAGCGCGCCGGCCGGGCGGGCUCCGUCCUGGGAUCGGAGGAGCGAGGGAGUAUGUACAUGGGGCGCGCCGGGCUGCUCGCGCUGGCGUCUCUCGCCGCCGCCGCCGCCGCCCUGACGCUGGCCGGCGGGGCCGCGGCGGCCGGCGAGUGCGGCAGGGCGCGGUGCGGCAUGGGGGCGUGCGCCGAGUCCGGCGACUACGCCUUCGGGUUCGCGUGCCAGUGCAGGCCCGGCUGGAGCCGCUACCACCUCGGCGGCAUGCAGUUCCCCUUCCUCCCCUGCGUCAUCCCCAACUGCACCAUCAACCACGGGUGCCAGGACGGGUCGUCCUCGCCGCCGGCUCCGCCGCCGCCGCCGCCGCCGCCGGCGGGGCUGCCGCCGCUGACCAACUUCUCCAUCUUCGACCCGUGCCUGAUGCAGUACUGCGGCGACGGCGGCGCCUGCGAGAAGGCGUCGGACUUCACCCACCGCUGCAGCUGCCGCGACGGCUACGCCAACCUCCUCAACGACACCUCCUACCCCUGCUACCGCCAGUGCUCGCUGGGGUCGGACUGCAGGGAUCUCGGGAUCGGCGUGAUCAACGGGUCCACGCCGACCUCGUCGCCGCCGGCGCCCAUCUCCUUCACCGUCAGGAGGUCCGCCGCCGGAGCUGCCGCCGCGCCCGUCGAAUGGCUGCUCAAGCUGCUCAUGCUCAUCUCUUUCCUCUGGCUCCAGGCGAUCUGAGCUCAGCUUUUAGCUCUUUGUGUUAGGAAUAUACUCCGUAUCAUAAGAGUUGUGUUCAGGUUAGGGUGCCGCGUACCACACGGUACAGGCCAGUUUUCCCAUUGCAUAGCGUCAGUGCUAUGUGGAAUACUCUUUUAAGAAAUAAAUGAGCAGCAGACACUACGACCCUGCAUUCCUA